GUCCCUGUCAGUGAUUUGAAUGUUGGUGAGAAACCAUUUAACUGCUCUGAGUGUGGGAAAAGAUUUGGUCGACGUGGAAAUUUGAAGAGACACAUGAGAUCUCAUACAGGAGAGAAACCAUUUAGCUGCUCUGAGUGUGGGAAGAGAUUUGGUCAAAAUGUAAAUCUGAAGAAACACGUGAGAUCUCACACAGGAGAGAAACCAUUUUGCUGCUCUGAGUGUGGGAAAAGAUUUGGUCACAGUGAAAAUCUGAAGACACACAUGAGAUCUCAUACAGGAGAGAAACCAUUUAGCUGCUCUGAGUGUGGGAAAAGAUUUGGUUAUCGUGGAGUUCUGAAGAAACACAUGAGAUAUCAUACAGGAGAAACGCCAUUUAGCUGCUCUGAGUGUGGGAAAAGAUUUGGUGAAAGGGGAAGUUUGAAGAAACACAUGAAAUAUCAUACAGAAGAGAAACCAUUUAGCUGCUCUGAGUGUGGCAAAAGAUUUGAUCAAAGUGGAGAUUUGAAGAGACACAUGAGAUCUCAUACAGGAGAAAAACCAUUUUGCUGCUCUGAGUGUGGGAAAGGAUUUCGUCAAAAAGCACAUCUAAAGAAACACAUGAGAUCUCACUCAGGAGACAAACCAUUUUGCUGCUCUGAGACUGGGAAAGGAUAUGAUCACAGUGGAGAUCUGAAGAGACACAUGAGAUCUCAUACUGGAGAGACUCCACUGAGCUGCUCAAUUUGAGGAAAAUCAUUUACACAAAGUGAAAAUUUACAUUUACAUAUGAGAAUUCAUGAUGGAGAAAAGUGAUUCAGCUGUUCAGUUUGAAAAAAAUAUUUUAUUUGGAAUAAGAUUUCAAAAACACCCAUGAGAACUCAAACAGGACAAAGUCUUUUUAGCUUCAGUGUUUGUAUGAAAUUUUUUACACAGACUGGAUACACAGGAGAGACACACUGUCGCUACAGUGUUUCUCACUUAAGAUUCACUUUGCCUAAACCUUUUUUAACCUGAGACUCAGGACAAGGCUGGCAGACUGUUACUGCCCCAUUAUUAAUGUACUUAUGUAUGUAUGUAAUGUAUGUAAUGUAAUGUAUGUAUGUAUGUAUG